UUGAGUUAUUUACGAUUGUUCUUGGGUAAUAAGAACAUGUUGUUCUUUCCAGUGUGUGUAGAAAACAGUGAAGUAUUUGCUAACACUCCUGGCACUGGACCGUACUAUGUAAAGCCACGAUCGGCUGGGCCAACGCUGAAAUGCUCAGUGCGGAGUGAAUACUCUGAUCCAACUCGUUACCAAGUACAAUGGCAACGAUACAAUAAGGGAGAUCUCAGAUAUGUAUCGAUUGGCAAUCAGUUGCACGACUCGACACAUUUCGAGCUGAUUGGUGAUGUCUCCAAAGGAGUUUAUGACCUAAGGCUCAAAGAUGUCAAUACGGAUUCAGUGAUCGGCUCCUACUACUGUACCGUACUUGACCGUCAAGAGACACAGCAGUACCAAGCGGAUCCUAUCGAAGUAAUCGCUCUGGUACCGCCAUCCGAUCCGGUCAUUACCGAAUCCCCUUCUCAAGCCGUAACUGCGGGUGAUAGUGUAACAUUUAAAUGCUCAUCAACAGGAGGAAGUCCACCGCCGAUGAUGAGCUGGACAUUUUUAAAUGGUAGCACAGCUGAUGAGCGACAUGUCAAUACUCAGCUCAAAGGCAGUACUUCGGAAAGCAUUUUACAUUUUCGAGUUCGAUCCGAGGACAAUGGUGCCUAUGUGGUUUGUACAGUAACGAACAAAGCCAUUGAAUUUGAACAACCCAGGGAAGCACGAACACCAAGGUUAAACGUUCUGUUCAAGCCUCGUGUACGAGUUUCACCCGACCAAGAUCUUGCCAUAGAAGCUGGUCAUCAUAUUGAUCUCGUCUGUGACGCCGACUCUAAUCCAUACCCUCCCAGCUACGAAUGGAGGCACUUGGCUUUGGGUGAAGUGUACGCGGCUUCGAAGUGGACGGUGAUCGCCAGUCGGAAUAUGAGCGGGGAUUUCGAAUGUCGUGCAGCUAACAGUGUCGGUGAAGGGAGUGCGAUCCUAACUUUGAAUGUCCAGUAUGCUCCUUCGCGCUACAAUCCAAGAGAAGGAGAACGAGUACAAAUUGAAUGUUCCGUGGAUGCAAAUCCUCAGGCAGUGGACGUGAAAUGGAGUGGCCCGCAAGGUUUCAUCUCCGAUGGACCACUUCUUGUCUUGAAGAGCGUCUCCAGAGAACAGACCGGCAAUUAUACAUGUACGGCGACAAAUUAUCUGAGCAUAUAUGGUGAAACAGGCUCGCAGACACGUACCGGAUCGGCUACAACGAUAAUUGAUGUUCAACGACCACCUGGGCAUGCAGAUAUAUCGCCGCCAAGGCUGAAUGUGAUUGUUGGUGGAACGAUUACUUUGACAUGUUCCACACCUGAUCCGGGAAGCCCAGCAGGGAACUUUAAGUGGGCUUCACCGUCAUCUGGUGGCCUUUUCGGCACAAGGGAACACGAUCAUGCUCAACUGACUGUAAGAAAUGCUCAACUAGCAGACAAUGGUCGCUACAGGUGUCGGGCUGACAACAUACAUGGCGAGGGAAAAGAGGCUGUUGUCGACGUUACUGUAAGUCUAUAUAAACCGAACAUUUCAAAGAUGUCUACUGCUUCUCUCCCGUACAUUCAUCCCAUGUUCUGGAAGGGGAACUACUCAUGUCGAGCCACAAACGGUGCUGAUCAGAAAAGCGUGGACAACACCUCGUGGACCGUUAUGCGUGUUAAUCAUGGGCCAGUCGUUUUGAACCAACGAUUUCCAGAAGAGGGACUAGCUGCUGCAGAUAUUGGGACAAUGGCUCAACUGCGUUGUAUAAUUUCCGCUCGUCCCGAACCGAAAACGGUCAACUGGGUCUAUAACUCUAUCCCAAUCGAGGAAAAUGGCAGGUGUGCAUGCAGAAGAUUUACGAAGGCAUGGCCCCAUUACUUUUUUAUUCAGGAUGAUGGAACGGCCUCAUGGUAUUUAAGUUUCAACCUGACCGGUCUUAAUCCGCUUUCAUCCUACUACUUACGAAUUCGUGCGAAAAACAAGAAAGGAUUUUCGGAAUUUUCACCGUUAGUAAUUGCAACAACAAAUGACGUAACAGAAGAUCCCAAUAUGUUGGCUCCCUCUUUUCUCAGCUUCGAUCUCAUGCGCAAGUCCAUUGUAGUGGAACCCCGACCACCUCCAGAUGACUGCACACUACUGUAUGUAUCCUCUGGUGACACAUGGCGUUCAGCCGGAUGUUUUUCGCAGGAUCAGCCUAUUUCCGAUCUUGUCGGUGGGGCAUUCUUCAGAGCUCGGUUCUGCUCAAGGGAGCACGCUCUUCGUUGCUCAAAAAUGUCCCAUAUACUCGGUAAUUCAAUCGGAAGCCCAUGGCGAUUGGCUCUGGUAGUACCUGCUGCGGUACUGGCACUACUAGUUAUCAUCGUAUGCGUUCUACUAGUUGUCUGCUGUCGAUCGCGUUCUCCGUCUAAAGGCAAUAAAAAGAGGUACGCAAUGAGCUACCAGCUCAUAGUGAUUAGUAAGUAA